UCAGCAUACUCAUAAACCCUUUGUAGCCCACACAUACCAGGUACCGGGUGAGUACAGGACGCCCUAUUGGGUGUAGCAUUAGGGGCCACCACAACACCAAUCAACAUGCUCUAAAACCUCUGCCACAAGGACAGGACAGGCUGGAGGGGCAAGGCCAGGCGACUCGCCACCGACCUCUGUCUAAACAAGGACCCCUGUUUGCAGAAUGGAGGGCAAAAUAAGCCAAGAGCCACACUGUCGCCUACCACGGAACCAUCCUCCAUUCCUGUAACACUUCACAGGCUGCACCUGUCCUUGAAGGUUCCUCACAUCAAGCCACCAAACAAAGAAGAAAUCAUCAUUACGACCAGGCAUCUGAAGAGCCAGCAUCUGCAUCAUUGUUGCUACUGAAACAUAAGUGCGAUAAAAGCUUCGUCACCUGUCACCAUGGCAACGUGCGAAGCCGGCAGCGUGGCCCCGCUCCUUAAGAAGCAGAUCAACCGGCACCACCGCGAGGUUCUCUUCCAGAACCUCAGCUGCCUCCUCAGGGACGAGAGCUUCAGCGAUGUCCACGUCUUAGUCGAGGGAAAGAAGUACGCCGCGAACCGAAACGUGCUGGCGGCCUGCAGCGAAUACCUGCAGGCGAUUGUUGAAUCGGGGCUGACGAGCGAGAAACCGGAUGUGCUAGAGCUGCCCGACCUAACCACCAAUGAAUAUAAGGCUCUAAACACCCUUGUUUAUGAACCAGAGCUCUUCAAGGAUCAGCAAGUGCCUGACCUUGUCUGUGCAUGUGAGAAGCUCCAAAUUCCGGUGUGUUUGCAUGCCAACACAUGUGGCUCCUCCAGAAAGAAGGGUGCCCCGGUCGAGGUGGACGUUUACCCAGAGCUGCUCGCCGCGGUGAAGGACGACAUGCAGAGGAUGGUCAUGGCGAGGCUGCAGACGUACCGGCGGCAGCGCAAGUUCUCCGACAUCUGCAUCCGCGUCCAUCGCAGGAACUUCAAGGCGCACAAGAACGUGCUGGCAGCGGGCAGCAUGUACUUUCACACCAUGUUCACCUGUGGGAUGAAGGAGAGCGCGCAGGAUGCUAUAGAUCUGAAGGGCGUGACGGCUGGCGGUCUCCGGGGCAUCUUAGACUUCAUGUACACCUCCGAGAUCGCCAUCAAGAGAGAUAACGUGCAGGACGUGCUCGCUGUCGCUAGCUUCCUCCAGGUGAAGACACUUCUCGAUGCAUGCGCACAAUUUCUUUACAUCCACCUGGACAUGGAGAACUGCUGCGAUGUACUGAUCAUCGCGGAGGCGUACGGUCUGACGGACUUGGUUAGCACGGUGUACGAGUUCAUGGCGACCCACAUCGACCCCCGCGACGAGGCGGGCCACAUCAUUCUUCACCAACUUCCACAGAAGCACCUGAAUCACCUGAAGAACCUUCCGCAGCAGCUGAUCGCAGCUGUCUCCAGCAAGUACAUCGGGAAUACAUCCUGGGCGGAAACCCCCGGCCUGUAUUACUUCUGCCUGAAGAAAGACACGUGGGUACAGCUGACGACAUUACCCGACGAGCUGCGGACUACGGAACACUUUGAAAUCGCUGGAACCGGCGGGUGCAUUUACAUCGCCGGGGGUCGAUCCUUCAACUCACAAAUGGUGACAGAAAGCAAGCCUUCUGGAAGAGUCUUUUGUUUCGACACCAAGACAGAUUCGUGGUCUGAACUUGCCCCUCUGUUGAUGCCAAGGUAUAAUUUUGCCUUGACAGCAUUUGAUGGACAUCUGUACGCCAUAGGCGGGUUCACAGCCGACAGUGGGGGGCUGGUCUGCCAGAGACCAAAGGUAAACUGUGUAGAGUGUUAUAACAUCGAGACGAAUACCUGGGAAUUUGCAUGUCCCCUUCCGACCGGCGUGGUAAACCCCACGUCUACGGUUUGCCUCGGACAGAUCUACUUGUCGGCGCAUCCGUCGUGCUGGGAUGACAAGAACCGUCGGCUGAUGUGCUACGAUCCCGACACCAAUCAGUGGAAGACAAUGAAGUACGCGGAGUGGGCGGACAUGAAGUUCGAACUGUCGGGGAUGCCGCUCGGAGACCUGGUCGCGGACCACAGCCACGUUUACGUGGUGGGACAGCAGAAAAUCGCCACCUAUAACGUCAUAUCGGGCGAAUGGACAGACUGCAUAACACUCCCCCCAAACGGAGCGGCCCAGUCGAGAAACGUCAAACGAGUCCCCAGGGCAAUGGGAGGAAAGAUCAUCAACUUCUGUGACAGAGGUGUGGUCUUGAGCUACAACAUCAAGAAGAACCAAUGGGAAAGACUCUCAGCUUUCCCAGGAGGAAUGAACGAGAGUAGUGCAAUCAUCCGUACAUGCACCCUCACAGCAAAACCACUCAAGGCAGUCAAGACAUCAAGAGUUUACUGAACUUGACAAAUUUCUAUGUUUUAGUCUUACUACUUAGUACCAUUUUUUUAAUUUCUUGCUUUAUACUUAAGGAGAGAGACUUUGGGAAUAUGCAAUUUAAACUCUGAUGGUAUAAUUGAAUUGGCUUUUGAUUUUUAAUGUGAGGCCACACCAAUUUAAUUUCUUGGUUCACGGAUUUUUUCAUAAAAAAUAUGGAGCGAGAGGGCGAAAUAAAAAUAAAAAUAAAAAUUGUAAAAUGGUUGGGGUAAAGGUAAC